AUGUCAGAUGCGGUAGAAUUGCGGCUGCUACAGGAACGGUUCCCAGUGGACAAAUGCACCAUCGUAGUUGAGAUAAAGGCAAUCGAUGUCGUAGUUCCACCGGAAAAAAUUGAGGUCGCAGUGCAAACUGAUGACCCACGAGCUGCCGCAACAGAUGUUUCCACAGAAAUUAUGGCCGAUGACCUGUACGGACGAAUUGACGUUGCCACAAAAACUAAUGUGCUGGACCUUUCGGAUGCUGCGACCGAUACACUUGAGUUCCCCGUUGAGAAAGAAGAAGUAACUAUCCAUGUGGAAAGAAUUGACGCAGAGGUAAACACCUUAGACCAAGAAUGUCACGAUGGAGAAUCUAAGAUGGUCCAUCGCCAGAAGGCCGAAGAUUCCAGUAUAAAUGCAACAGAAAAUCAGAUCCCAAGUGUAUCAGAAGGAUCGAUACGAACCGACUUUACAACUGUCGAUGAAGAUUAUGAUGCGGCGGACCAGGUGAAUCCGCUUCUAGUUGACGACGAUGUGGAACCUGAAGGUGUAGAAUCUCAAGAGAUGAUGUCAGAGGUAUCUGGAGAGGAGUUUCAGCCAAGGGAAGGAUAUAUCGACGUUCUGGACAAAGAUGACCCACGCACUAUAUUGACAUGGAAUUCAUCAGGGCUCCAAGAGAUCAUACACCGCAGGAUAGUGUGGGAUGGUUUCGUGGAACUAGUGAAGGCCCUAAAGCCUGAUAUCGUGGUGAUACAAAACGUAAAGCUUGUGGAAUCACCGAUUACUGGGCACUGCCCCAAAAUACAAGAAAAAGGCGAUGGAAGGGCUGUUAAACUACCUUAUGAACAACAGUUACAAGAUGGACGGCUCAUUGAGGAUUUGAAACGUGGACUCUUCAAGCGUUACCGUUUGGUCCACUCCCUGGCAUGUUGGAGAAUUGGCGGGCAACUAGUUUUUGUUAAAAACAAGUUCCAUUGUAUAACUGAGAGAUUUUGCCUUAACACGAGACUUAACCCCAAGUACCACCACCCGGAGGGGAGAUCCAUUUUGCUGCAGUUCAAAAGUUUCAACUUGUUAUGCGUGAUGUCGCCUGCUAAUGGGUGGGACACAGCCAGCGUCAAGCAACGUCAACUGUGGCACCGCGAUCUUGCUCAUUUGCUCUAUGAUUUGAAAGACACUAAGGCUGUAAUUCUGUGUGGCAAUCUAAACUGCGCUCCGGAGGACAUUGAUCUAUCCGAUGCGGGAAAACUUAAAUUAGAAAAUUCACCAGUCCUUCAUCGAUCGGAUAACACCGGAUACCCAGGUUGUAGACCUGCUGACCGUGAAGGCCUCAGGUGGAUCAUGUUGGCAGGACGCCUUGUGGACGUGUUCCGACGAUUCCACCCUUACAGAGAUGCGAAUCCGGAUGAGAAGAACUUGAAAUACACAUCAUUGGUAUACCUCGGCGACAAGACACGCUGCGCCGUUCGCACAAAUUUAACACUUAUGACACACUACUUCCUCAAAAACGUUGCACAAUGCGAUAUCAUUGGCACAACCAGCGACCUAGUGAGUUUAAUAAAAUCUAUGCUCGACAUAUGGUUUCUCAGAGCCCUGCUGGGUGGCGCCACCUGCCUCAGUUGCUAG